AAAAAAAUUGUUACUGAAUCAGUGUUCCAAUCUAAACACAUACAGACAACUGUCUCUUUAAAAAUCACUGCUGAAUAGAAAAAAUUUUAUUGCAAUCCAAAAGAUCGUAGCGGUGUUAUUGUACACAUUUCACUAGCCAUAUUCCGUGGAUUUUCUUUUGUUUAAAAAGUGCAAUGCUUCUUUUCGGAUGGUUGUCGGUGCUUUUGUUAGCAGUUUUAUUCCUUUACAAUAGCACUGCUAUAAUCCACAUGAAUGGUUUAUUAAAUGCAAGAGGGUUUACCAAGAAAAAACAAUUAUAGUUACAGCAAUCAUAAUCAAAUGACUUUUCACAAAUAAACACACACAAAGCUGUGAAAAAUUAAAUUAUUAAACCAUAAUAAAUAAUUACAUAUAUUAAUCUAUUAAUUACAGUAGUGAUAUUCGAGUCAAAUCUUGUAACCGACACAAAUAAGAAAUAAAUAAAUAAAAUAUGUAAAAAUAUUGAAGCAAACAGUUAAUGAAAAAUGUGAUACUAACACUACAGUAAUCAUACAUACUCUCACAACCACUUUAAUUCCUGGUAUCAUAUACCUCACAUGAUGCAGGAUUGUUAUUACAUUAAUGACGCGCUCGACCAGUCAACGUGCAGAUCUUUGAGUGCGGUAGUUGUCGCACUUGAAACAUUUAAGUGGUUUGAGACACAUCCACAUCAGUUGGAAUUGAGUAUUAGGAAUAGAAUUGCCUUUACACGGGAAAGAAGUGAAUCCUUUGCAGAAUUAUACAAAAAUAUCGUUAUUUUUGGAUCGCAAUGAACUUUUCACCGUUUGGUAAUACUUUCCCUGGUACAACCACUAUUCCUGGGUUGCCACAGUUCACGACAACAGCAGCGCCACAAGUUUCCACCGUAACAUCUGCGGCAGCGGUUGCCGGUGUAACUUCCCAAGGUGCAACGCAACAGGACGAAACUGCCUCCACCAGUGCUCGUUACCAACCACAGCAGCAGCAACAACAACAACAAUCUUCUGCCAACGUAAGUAUGACACAUUUUAAUCAACCCGCAAUACCGAUCGCGACUGGAACAACCGUUACCGCCUUACAUGCCAAGUUCCGCACAUCAGGCGAUGAGCCACAAGGGGAUAAAUACAAUGGACAUUUGGUGACCAUAGAAACAGCAGGCACCAGCGGCACACAACAACAGCCACAAUAUGGUAACUUACCAAUGUACACUACACAACAGGCGGAUGAUAAACAUUUGAUUACAGCAGCCAUUGCGUAUCCACAAAAUACGAUAACCGCUUCUUCGUCAACGGCAGCUGUAGGUGCAGCGAUUACAAAUACUCCACAGCAGCAGCAACUACAUGUUCAACAACAACAACAACAACAAGUUUCAGCCCCACAAGAAUUAACACAGGACUUGUGCAAUGCAAUUUUACAACAACAAGGUGUGGAUACAAAGCUUGUUCUACAAAAUACCUCAUGGCAAUCGUUAACACCAGGUACCACAGUAGCUGAUUACCUCUCCCAUCUUCCAGCAAACACACUACCAUUGUCGCUACAUCAUUUCCUCAAGUAUUCGGCCGAAACGAUAAAGAAAGAAAAUCAGGGUGUAGUACAAACGGGAGCACCGAUUGGCAUCAAUACCAUUGGGGGGACAACAACCAUUACUAUACCUCAACAACAAACGGAGGCACAAAUACAGCAACCACAACAGCACCAAGAAGCAACAACGAUGCACAUACAAGCAGAUCCAUCGACUAGUGACGUUGUGACAAUGGCCCCAGCUGUUAGUGCAACUACUACAUCGAAAAAGAAGAAACGAAAAAAACGUCCUAAGGAUCGGAAACCGAAAUUGAGACCAGGAGAAAUUCGGCUUACUACAGCGCUGGAUGGGAGCCCUUUAUAUUUAUGCCCCGAAUGCCAAGUAGCAUAUCCCGAGCCGGAUUUGCUCGAAAUACAUUUGGUUGGGCACAAUCUCGAGAGACGCUAUAUCUGCGAUAUUUGUCAGGCGGCCUUGAAGCGCAAAGAUCAUUUGACGCGUCAUAAACAGUCUCAUAAUCCAGAAAGACCAUAUAUAUGUACAGUCUGUUUGAAGGCGUUUAAGCGGAAAGAACAAUUGAGUUUGCACUUCGUGAUACAUUCGGGAGAAAAACGUCACUUAUGUCAUGAAUGUGGGAAGGGUUUCUACCGCAAAGAUCACCUACGAAAACACACACGUUCGCAUAUUGCACGCCGGGUAAAAGCUGAGCUUAGCAUGCAGAAUGAGAGCGAGCAUGGGACCAGUAUGCUACAGCCAAUAACUGUAACAACAAUUACUGAGGUACAACCUCAGUCGUCAAGUUCUGCACAACUACAACAACAUCAUUCAAGUACUCAGCAACAGCAGCAGCAACAACAACAACAGCUCCAACAACAGAUGCAUACACAACAAAUGCAACAUGUUGUGGUAACCCAACAACAGCAACAACAAAUGCUUAAUUAGCCCAAUGGCGGCAAUGAUUUUUGUAAAGUCAGCUGAAAUUCAAUAUACAUAGAUCGUUAGUAAUUGCUGGAAACUAAAUUAACACUAAUUAGUUAUAAUUUAACAUUGCAACUUGCAAAAUUUGAAAGGAGUUCGCUUUAGAUUCUCUUUGUAGUUUUUUAGUAUCUUUAUAAACACUGUUAUUGAAAGCACUUUCGUUUAUUUUAGAACUCAAAGCAGCACUUGCACAAUGCUACAUUACUACAUUAUUGUUAUUUUUAUUUUGGUAAAUUAAUCUCCAAAUUUUAUCAUAGCAUUUUGGGACAAAUAUGACUUAUGCAAACAUUAAUGAACAUCAUACGCCGCCGAACAAAUAAGUAAAACCUUAUGAGAACAUAAUUAUAAGAUAUAAGUACGACUAUUAUAAUGAACAUGGCAAGGACUGAAGGGAUAUCCGCUAUGUCACCCACAAUAGUUGUAUUUACAAAUUCCCGUCUUGUGAAAAUACAUAUUUAAUAUGUAUGUAAUAAUUAAAAUAUAAUAGCAUACUUAUUUCACACAUUACAUCAUUGUAAAUAACACAAAGUAAUAAGUAUGUAAAUUCGAAAGUAACUAUUAACACAAAUAUAAUAAUAAAUUCCAUUUAUACUAUUUAAGUAUAAACAAUUAAUACGAUAUUAUUAUAACAAAUAAAUCUAGUAGAAUGAAAUAUAAGGAAUGUAUUUUUUAUAUGUAUAC